AUGGGUGAAAUGUUUUCCGACUCCUCUUACGAUGGCUUUUCUGAUAUGCUGGGCCAACCUUUCUUGCAAAACGCUGGCAGUACCGCGCAACAGCUUUCCCCGCAGCAGCAGCAGCAACAGCAGCAGCAGCAGCAGCUGUCACAUUCAGGCUCGAGCAAAGACUUUGCUACUUCCUCAUCUGCCAACCAGCAGGACGCGCACAGGGCCUCCGAUACGGCACCGGCACCGGGAUCUGGCGACGCUUGGACGUUUGGCGUGACCAACAUGCAUUCGUCUGCGCGCACCACCCCCUCGCACAGCCGCCAGGCCAGCCAGGAUGGGACGGAGGACGGCGAGGUGGCGAAAGGCGGCAGCAACACAUCAACCAACGCUCGUCAGAGCGCUUGUCCGUUCUGCGAUCGAGUCUUCAAACGCAGCGAUUUGGCAUUGCGUCACAUUACCCGCGUCCGUGAGUCACGAGUCUUGGCCUGUAUGACUGGGCGCCGGUCCGGGCGCACGCUCAUCGGGCCUUUUUAUAUCGCGCAUCUCUUUUCCGCGCUGCGUUUUCAUCUCUCCAUCUCUCGCUCGCUGCCUCUUGUGUGCGCGCACCCGGGCGCCCGUAAAGACUCCUCUUCCACAGCUCAUAAAUGCAAGCAUUGUGAUGUCGGAUUUUCACGCUCGUGAGUCGGGAAACGCGUAGCCCAGACUCGUCGUCGGUAGCCGGAAUACAGACCACAGUGCUGUUCGUGCUCAUCCUGCCUCUUCAUCUGGCCCUUUGGCUGUCUUGCAGGGACGUACUGAAGAGGCACAUGACUACCUGUCGAAAAGGUCCUGGUGGAAAGAGCCUCAAGCCUAUGAAGAAGGCUUGUGAAUCGUGUGCUUCACUAAAGAUAGUGUGCGAUCGCCAAGACCCAUCCUGCGCUUCGUGUAGGGAUCGUAAUAUCCAGUGCAUAUACAAGCCCAGCGCUAAACUUGUGCGCACAAAGUCCCCAGUCAGAGCGUUGUCGGAUGAAGAAAUUCCAAUGGCCAAGGAAGGCUGUGCGACCCACCAUACCUCCGAUGGCCACUUUGAGGACCAGCAUAGCAGCUCCUCACGGCAGCAACACGCACCACCCUCUCUGCAGUCACCCGAAACCUCUCAGCCACAACCAGUGGGUCCAGUAGUGAGCCACCCUCCGGCCGCCGUUUCGAGAUCUGUGCAUCAGUCUGGCAUGCCAGCCUAUGACUCGGCACUAGUCAUGCCUAGCUUUGCCGAUGCUGCUGGUGCAAGCGUGUGGAGUGGCCCUGAGCAGAACAUCCCAAUGGACGUGAAUGGUGUUCCUGCCACAGCAGCGCUGACGAUGGAUCUCGGUCAGAAUGUACACUCGCAAGACCAGGCAAUGCAAGACUGGUCGCGUGAAUUGCAUGCGCCCGCCGCGUUUGCAUACGCCACCUCGGGUGCAAGCGUGCCACCCUUGCUAGCCCCUCAGCAGGUCGCAGCAGAUGCGAGCCUGUCCAUGCCCAUGAUGGACAUCAUACACUCGACUGGCCUUACUCCAUACGACGUGGGUAUCGAUGCAAAGAUGAACCAAAAUUCGCAAAUUGCUCCCGUCGCCUCCACCAGCGGUAGCAUCUCGGGCUACCCGCGCACAGCGGAUGUUGAGCAAGGCCAGGAACAAGCGCUUCAUCUGAGCGACGUUCUCCUAGGAAACGCACCAGCCUCUUCCCUCGCAUCCGAGACUGAUACUCGCGGCCACGACGACGGUGGAAGUACAAACUUCCCCUUUAGCGGUCUGGCGCCAAGCAUUGAAGGCGUGACUGGAGGAUCUGAAGAAGCCUCACUGCUCGGCUUCUUGCACCACGACGACUUUUUCGCGCGGGUGCAAAGCCCCUUGUCAGACUUGCUGGUCGCGGGCACACCAUCUUUCUUGCCGCCUGGCGCCGACACGAGCCGACUUACACAGCCAGAGCACCACAUUUGGCCUGUCAUGCCUUCUGCAAGGUGAGCAAGCGAUGGCAGCGUUGAUGUCGCAGCCGCCGUGGUUGACGCGUUGCACGCCGUGCCCUCCUCGCCCUUUCUCAUCGCUUCUCCAAUCUCCCGCAAAGCGCCAAUCUGUCGCAAGCUUUACUGGAUUUCGAGGUUCAAGCUCUUGCAUGCGGCCUCACCUCACCUGCGCUCAAGCUCAGCGUCAACAACUUUUUUGGUCGCUUCAUUUCUCAAUACCCACUCGUGCACCUCGCCACUUUCGACUUUGCCAACUGUCCCGGAGAAUUUGCGCAAUGCGCGCUCAUUGUCGGUUUGAGGUUCGACGAGUCCGAUGCAGCACAGCGCUUCAGUACAAAAAUGCUCAUGACCUCGGGCGAGCGAAUCACGUCUGCAUUCUUAGAAGUGAGCUUACUGGGACUUGUGGCAGGUCAUGGUCAGAUCCGCACCCCUCAUCUGACCUCACUCGCUUCAAAUCUUUGCCUGUUCAGUCUGAAACGCGUCAAGAUUCUUACGUUGCUCUCCUCAUCGCUGGGCUGCUGGCGCUCAAGUUCAGCUGCUUCUCGAGCACGAACGCCAAAUUGCAGUUGACGAGCCGGCUGCUGACCGGCAACCUGAUGUCCUUGCUUCAAGUCACCAAUUUUGGCGCCGCAGCCUGGCCGCACGAUCAGCACUCUCCAGAGCUGUGGCACGCGUGGGCCUUGAACGAAUGGAAGAAGCGGUGAGCUCGUACGGCAUGUCCACAAUGCGCCCGCAAGUUCGACGGAUACUGAUGCAUCAAAUGUGUCAAUCGACCCCCGUCUUUGCGCCCAGCUUGGUGCUUCUGACAUCGGUCGAAGAUGCUGCCCAAAUGAUCUUUUUCGGUCACUCGUUUGGAAUGCAGCGCUCGAUGAUAGAAUCGAUGAGGAUGCCGUACGCCUCUGAGAUAUGGAACAAGCCGGAUGCCCACUCUUGGGCCGAAAGCAUGAGGACGCUUGCGGACGCGCCACCUACACUUCCUCAGGCGCUAUCCACUCUCGCCUCGCCCAAGGCUGCUUUGAGGCCCGGCCUCGCGACACCAUUUUCCAUGUGGAUUCUGAUACACAUCCAAGUCAAUAGUGCUUGCAACGCGCUACGUUUGGCACAGUCCGCGGUCAAAGCACACGCCGCCGCAACAGCCAAGAACGCAACACAGGUCCACGAAAUGCAACGCCAGGGCAGCACUGCAUCAUCGGACGCCUCUGCUCUCGGCACCUCGGCGUCGAGCGCGUCGACGCCGUGGUAUCCAUCCAAGACGACGUCUGGCCGGCCCACCACCGUCACCGGGAAUAUGGACCAAUUGUCCCCCAGCACGCAGCAGGCGCUGCUUGUAAAGCUCGAACAGCUUGUCAUCUCGCUCGAACGGUGGAGAGUGCAUUGGGUGGAGGGCGAAAGAGCGGGCUUCGAUUCCGAGGCAUACCGAAUGGCCCCUCAACGAUUCAUCUUCGAUGCGGUGCCUUUCGUGGCGCUGUGCACCGCCUUUAUGAGGCGGACGAUGCGCGUGCUCAACAGUGGAGGAAAUACAGAGGGCCUUAGACCGCGCCUGAAUGAACUCGACAAUUGGGUCGCUUUGACCACAUGCUCCAAUCCGACCGAGCACUCCAACGAGUCGGCUCACGAUAUGAACAUUGACGGGGGCGAGGCCUGUACGACGCCGGACGUGGAGGAGAACCCAGACGAGUCGUGGGCCAGCAAAUAUUUGCAAAGCUUGCGGGCUUCCAGAGCGGAGAGGAAAGGCAAGCUUUUAGCCAGGUCCACCUCUGCCCCUGCAUCUGAUUCCACGGACGCAUCUGCGUCUGCGAGUGCGAGUGCAGCUUCCAGGCGACCCUCCAUCCAUCCCUUGUGGCUCAUCGAGGAUCUAGCCAUCGCUGAGCCGGCCAGGCACGAUUCAGGCUGA